GUUUUUAUUCAUAUAGAGUCGUUGAGCCGAGAACGUUUAAAAAAAAAAAAAAAAUAAAAAGUAAUUACAAAAAAUUAACAAGCAAGUAAAAGUCACAGACAAUGCUGUAAAUAACCGAAUACACACAAUCGCAAUUGACUACACGAAGUGUCGCGGGAAAACAACAUCUUUAUAAUGGUACAGAUUUGGACGAUUUUGAGGUUAUCUAUUGCGAUUUUGGCCAUCAGCAAUUUGCUAGUAGAAGCUGGAAAAGCAACGAAAGACCGGAGAGAAAAUUUGGAAAUUCGUGCUUCUGUACAUAAAAACGCAUUAAAAACAUAUGGGGAUGGAUUUAAAAAACAGUUUGGUAAUUCAAUGAACGAAGAGGUCGCUAAACAAUUGACUGAUAUAAAUUAUAUUAUUAUCGACCAUAUUAUGAAACACGAAUCAUUCCUAGCGUAUUUGCAAAAUGUAUUUUUGGUAUUACGAAAAUAUGCAGAGGGACAAAUAAAAUCAAGAUAUAAAAAACUUAAUAAAAUUUAUAAAAAAUGGAAAAAACAAAACUUUCCGGACCAAAAAAAUAAAGCUAACGUUUUAAAAAUACAAAAUAAACAAGAUAAAGAAAACAAUGGUUUAGACAAAAAGAUUGUGAAGAAAUCCAAAAAAUAAAAACGGUGAUCGAAUUAAACUUGUUACAUAGGAGGUAUAAACAAUUUUAUUAUUUAGUAGUUGAAAUUAUGCUAAUAUAAUAUCUACCAUGUA